GAACGGGCUGCGUCGUGGGUCCUGGAUAGGGCUGGAGCGGCUUCUCCACUCUUGGCUGUUUGGAAGGCCGCAGGCGCGACUCCGGGCCUGUGAAAUGACCAAUCGGUGCCAGAGGGCUUCUCCCUCACUCCCACUCCCCAGAGUUAGAGCAUUCGGGCCCUUGUAUUUAUUCCCCGCAUCCUUUAUUUUCGCCUCUGGACCCUGGGUUCAGCACAUCUGUACUACUUUGUGCUCGUAGCAGUAAAAUAUAGUGUGUGUGUGUGUGUGUGUGUGUGUGUGUGUGUAUAUAAAGUGAAACUUUUGAAUUAGAAAAUCCGACCUUUCAGUGCCAUUAAAGGGUCCUUAGUCUAGGGCAGGUUGUUUUAAUCUACCCGAAACUCAGCGCCUUCACCUGUAAAAUGGGGUUUAUGAUACCAUCUGUCACUUGAGUUUUUUGUAAGGAGUUGACAUGGUUUAGAUCUCUGUCGAAAUGUGUUCUUUUAAGAAACAUGGGGUAUGUUUCUUCCUGGUGGAAUGUCGUCAAAUCUUGAUGGAUAAAAUAAAGCAGACAUAAUUCAUCACUAGAAAGAUUAAUUAUACGCUGGCAUUUGAAAUGCUUUGUAUUUAGAAUAACAGUAAAAAUGGAAAAAGGGAAAGUAAAUGAUGAUGGGAAACCAGAUACAGAAAAUUCCUUGGACUUUUCUGAACACUUUAACCAACUUGAAUUGUUGGAAACGCAUGGACACCUUAUUCCCACUGGUACCCAAAGUCUCUGGGUAGGGAAUUCUGACGAAGAUGAGGAGCAAGAUGAAAAAACUGAAGAGUGGUAUCAAUUGCAAGAAAAAAAAAUGGAAAAAGAUCCAAGCAAAUUGCUUCUUUGGGCUGCUGAAAGAAAUCGGCUUACUACGGUGCGGAGACUACUUUCUGAAAAGUCCACUCACGUGAACACUAGAGAUGAAGAUGAGUAUACCCCUCUUCAUCGAGCAGCCUACAGUGGACACUUAGAUGUUGUGCGUGAGCUGAUCGCACAAGGGGCAGAUGUCCACGCGGUGACUGUGGAUGGCUGGACACCCCUGCACAGUGCUUGUAAGUGGAAUAAUACCAGAGUAGCUUCUUUCUUACUCCAGCAUGACGCAGAUAUUAACGCCCAAACAAAAGGCCUCUUGACCCCCUUACAUCUUGCUGCCGGGAACAGAGACAGCAAAGAUACCCUAGAACUCCUCCUGAUGAACCGCUACAUCAAACCAGGUCUGAAAAACAACUUGGAAGAGACCGCAUUUGAUAUCGCCCGGAGGACAAGCGUCUAUCACUACCUCUUUGAAAUUGUGGAAGGCUGCACAAAUUCUUCACCUCAGUCAUAACGGUUCUAAUAAUUUUCCAAGUACCAGUGCCUCCUUUGUGUGAGAUAUGAAAUAUCCCCAUGAUACAGAAUUGACAUCAAAAAGUUUCACUGCAGACAUUCAGUGGUACACAUUCGAACACCCUUCCGAGUGAAAAUGCCUACCGUUGAUGUCAAAAUGUGUUUGAAAGUUGUUUGGAUGUAUCUUUACUGAUUUAUGUGGAGUUUGUAAUUUUUAUCAGAAAUAAUUUUAACUUCUACUUAAAAACUUGUAACGGGUUGUACAGAAAACUAAUGGUAUUUUUGGUGCUGAUCCAAGAGAAGUGUAUUUUUAAAUACCCCCCCCCCCGAUCUUUGUUGAGUAUUUAGUAUAUUGACAUGUAUUUUUAUAAGGUGAGCUAACUCAGAAUUUAAAAAUCUUAAAUAUACUGGUGCAGGUCAGCUGUCUUCUCGACAUCACCAUAGCCAUUUGCUUUCAUUUUAAAUCAUAAGAACUGACUUAGCAGUGACUUGAAUCGUCAGAAGUUUAAAAAAAAAAACAACAAACAAAGCAGGAGAAAAGCUUAGAUCUUCGUCUUUUAGAGCAUAGACCAUUUUCAGGAAAAUAGUUAGCUAAGUGUUUAGUCCAUGAAUGUUAUAUAUACUGCCUCCGCUACCACAGCUCACACAAUCCUGUGGACAGUCCUACCUCACCCUGGUCAACCUACACGAUCCUUAUUCCAUUGGUGAGUCAGCAUGACCUUUCAGACAUGCACACAACUCUACCUUGGUCCAAGAGAUCAUAAUAUAUCUGCUCUCCAACUGGUUUUACCUGCCUAAUCCUGCUGUUUGGGGCACUGCUCAGAUGGUCUCUCCAGUUCACAGGAAGUAUUGAUUUUCCAAGGCCCUCCUUUUAUACAAGCCCUACAAAGGCAAAGAGACAAGGGACAAAGAAUUCUAAGAGUAAAGGGAUGAUGAUUAUAUUGGGGCUAGAACCACAAAGUGGCUAAGGGUUUAAAAAGCCACAGCAUGGAUAGCGACAAAAGAUAAAUAUAAAUAUUCAGAAAAAAAAUAAAAAUUUUGAGCAACAAAAA